AUGUCCCAAAAACAAAUCUUCAUGACCGGCGCAACCGGCUACCUAGGCCAGGUCCUAACCGAGCUCGCCAUCAGCCAGGGCCACACGGUCCGCGGCCUCUCCCGCAGCGAGGCCAAGGACGCAACCCUCACCCGGCUGGGCGCGACCCCCGUCCGCGGCGACCUCGAGACCCCGGACGUGCUGCGCGCCGAGGCCGCCCGCGCGGACGUGGUCCUGCACCUCGCGGACCCCCUGCUGGGCGCGGGAGGCAUGGACACCCCCUACGACAAGAUCCUAGCCAUCGACGCCGCAGCCGUCGACGCCAUGGUCGCGGGGCUAGCAUCAUCAUCAUCAUCAUCAUCAUCCGCGGGCGACGGGGCAGACAGCAGCAAGACGAAGACACUCGUCACCACCUCGGGCACGAUGACGGCAGCCGCCGACCCGCACGGCGGCGAGACCGCCGAGGACAGCCCCCUGGACCUCAAGUCCCCGAUAGCGCGGUACAAGGCGUGGGACCACGCCCGUGCGGCCGCCGCGGGGCAGGGCGUGCGGGCCCUCUGCGUGCGCCUCCCCCCCUUCGUGUACGGCCGCGGCGGCAGCGGCGUCAGGAUGUUCAUGGACGGUGCCGCGGCCGCCGGCGCAGCGACAUAUAUCGACGGCGGGGCCACGCGGACGACGUCCGUGCACGUCGACGACGCGGCGCGGCUGUAUCUGCUCGCCGCCGAGCGGGGCCGCGCCGGGGAGGUGUACAACGCCUCCGCCGAGACGGGCGUCACGAUGCGGGAGCUGCAGGGGGCCGUCGCGGCGGUGCUGGGCGUGCCGGCGGUGGAUCUGCCGCGGGAGGAUGCGAUGGGGAAGAUGCCGCCGUUCUUGGUUAACUUCUUGGUUACUGAGAAUAGGGCCUCGAGCCAGAAGGCUGUGACGGAGCUGGGGUGGCGGGCGACGCAGCCGGGGAUCGUGGAGGAUAUUCUUAAGGGCUCGUAUGUUGAGGUUGCGAAAAGCCUAGGCAAGGGGGAAUAA